UCCCCAUGCACAUCACGCGGUGUACCUGACAAUCACCGUCUCAUUUCGCUCAUCACGGUGUACUCAGUCACGUCUCUUCUUUAACGUCAUCUCUGAGACAUGGUCGCAAACCUAGGGUUGCCUAUCUUGGAUAUUUCCAAGGCUACCAAAACCGAUCAGAAACUGGAGCUGCUCGAUCAGCUUCAUAACGCUCUGUUCAAUCUGCUCCCGACUCUGUUUGAUCAACCGCCUCACACCAAGGCCUCUCUGCCCAAACUGAAAUCACCUCACUUUCUGGGAUACAGUGGGUAUGCCGAAGAAACGACCCUUGGCGUGAAAGAUCUACGCGAGCAGUUCGAUCUCGCUACGGAGCUGCUGGUCAUUCACGACGCGUCUGCACAUUUUGCUGAAAACGGGGUGAUGUACCACGAUGCUCUUCAGAAACUACCGUAUCGCUUCGUGCAUCUCGUCGAAGAAGCGUUUGGUAUACCUGUCGGCACAUUCGAUGCGUUCUUUCCUCGGCACGCUGGAAUGCACUUGUGCCCUCAACAUCACAACAUACAUGGGCAGGGAGUGGGGGCUUACAAAGACUCAAGUGGAUGGCUCACCCUCCUAUACCAAGUAGGCAUCGAAGGCCAUGAGGUGCUUGAUACUACAAGUGCCCGGAUUGCUGGUCCAUCCAUCAUAGAUACGCUCGUGGUCAAGUUUGGCAACGCUUUCGAGGCUGCCACUGAAGGUGCAGUAAAGGCUACAACCCAUCUUGUCCGUACCCCAAGCUCCACUUCUAACCCGCUAUACUCUAUCCCAUUCUUCCAAGGACUUCCACUUGACCUGUCUGUUUUCGAGAUUCGGACCUACAUUCCUAGAAGAGAUGUCCACGCGGAUAACAGCGUUUCGUCCUUUCUAGACUUUUGAUGAAACAGACUCGGCGAGUCGCAGCUUCGAAAACGGAUUCGAAGUCACGAAGAUAUCGGUAGGAAGUGAUACGGGAACGAGCUAGAGCAGUACUACUUGAGGUAGCUCUGCCAAUUGCAGCAUCUCCUUACUAUGGAAGCGACUACGGAAGUGUAUUUCCGACACCAGGUCUUAGUCAAAAAGUAAGUCUUCCUCGCAUACUAAGUCGGUAUUUCCCUUCUCAACUCUCUUCAAAACAAUACCUCCUUUAGAACCGGUGUUCUACUUGUCAAUUUGAAACGCCUGUGUGGAAACAAUCUCAUUUGAAUUGCUGAAGUGGCAAUUCAAUCCGUUCAUAUGCUGGGUUCGAAAACUGCUCACGCGUACAAAUUUUUCUAUACUCGAUUCAGCAAACCUCGCAUUCUGUCGCACCAACUGCAAGGAAUGGUGUUGUUUCACGCUCUCGUACGUUACAGGGCUAAUCCUAGCAACUUUUUUCAAACACAUGGCACUUCACAGUC